UAAAAAGGGCACAAUCAAACAUACGAAAUUAAUUGAAUUUAGAGUAUUUUUUUUUCUACUUCAACAUUAAACGACACACUUACACGAGAGGAAAAAUGAAUAGAGCCACACACAUACAUGCACAAAUUGUAAUGAAUUAUAAUUAUUUACAUAUUUUUAUAUUAAAUUACAAAAAAAUUGCACUUUCACACACACGUAUUUAAGCAAAGUUAGUAGUUUUUUAAAUUUUCGGUGAGAUUAACAUCUGGAUGAAGCAAAAAAGUUAGGUUAUGUACAGCAUGCAAUAUACAGUAGCUUAUAAAAUUAUGCGUGCUCGACCUUUGUGUGCCGAGCAUUUAAAAAUAAAUUUGUUCAACUUCCGCAAUUCCAAAAUUAGGAAAUACGAUGGAGUAGUAAAUUUAUUUUACCAAAGAUACUACAUAUAUUCGGAAUUAGUUUACAUACAGACAGAUGUAUGUAUGUAUGAUGAAUAAAAUAACAGCGUGUUUGAUGUUAAUUUUAAAUCAACAGAACUUUGAAUGAAGGCGGUGUGGAAUUGGAGCCACUCGUAUGUAUGUAAAUGCGAUAAGCUACAAAGGAUGUAGCACUUCCUCCUCAAGUAUGUUGUUAUUGUAUAUAAAUACUACUACUACUACUACUACUGUACGAUAUGGGCGAUGUGUGUACUCGUUUACUAGUGGAUAUGAAGAUUUCUUUAUCUUAAACACAAUUUCAUUGUUAUUUUUUUCGAAAUAACUUUACAAUAACUAUACAAUGCGCGGUAGUAGCAAAACGACACUCGAACCCAAUGGGCAACCAGCAAAUCAUUUGAGGCAACGAGCCUUGGCGAGUAGUUUAGUGCGGUGGCAGAAAGAAAUUGUGCUGCGUAGGAGAGCAUAUAAUGUAACUGAUGCUAAAUAAAAAGUGAAAAAAAAGAACUUAAAGGAUAUUAAAAUUAAAAUUGUUAAAAAAAAUUCCAAUAUUUCGCGGUGGCAACAGUACACGUGAGAAAUCCACGCGUUCAAAAUGAAAGAGUUGUGCAUGUUGUUGGUGUUCUUGUUGUUAAUUCAGCUCAGUGUGCAUGCCGCACGUAUUUCAACCAAGCCUCAUGGUAAAAAUCACGGUAUAUUUCAUAAAUAUCAUCAAGUUAAGCAACCGCACAAAAAAUUAGGCCUACGUGCGCACGAAAGAGCGCACAAUGAAGUGCUGUCGCAACGAGCACAACGUUGGCAGCUUACGGAGGAAGAAACGCCGCCGCCAUCGCCGCCACUGACAUUGCCGCAUGAGCCCCUAUUGGAAAUUGACACGUUGCAAUGUCCAUUAGGUUGUGUAUGUCAAUAUGCACAUUUUACCGAACUUCCCAUAUCCCGUUGGAUACAGCAUUUGCAGGCGCGACGUGCCGCAGCGGUAGCCGAAGACGACGCUUGGGAUUAUGAGCGUGCAUUCGAUAGUAAUGAGGCUGAUAGCGAUACAUACUUAACAAAUCCCUAUAUGAAACAAGCCACAUGUAUACUGCAAGAGGAGACAGAUGUGGAGGAUUUGAUACAGAAGCUGCCGCAUGAUUUGCACGCGUUGAUAUUGCUCUACACAAGUAGUGGGAGAAAUAAAAGCGUUAAUCUCAGCACACUGAAGCCGCUCAAUCAACUCAGCACAUUGGAAGUGCGCGGUGGCCUCAAUCGUUCACUGCGCAUACUUUUCGAUGAGCCGCUCAGCUUUCUACAGCAUGCCAACUUUGAAUCGGUCACACUGCUGGGCGACGAUAAUUACAAACGGCCCAAGAAUACGGCACAUCCAAAGGAUAGUUAUGAUUAUAAACCACGCAGUGAGUCAUAUGAGGAUGGUGACGCCAUUGCAUUUGCGCCACUGAAUGAUUAUGACCUUCCGGACAAUAUUGUGCCCUAUGAUGUGUACAAACAGGAAUUGAUAAAAUCCCGUAUGCCCACCUUUUAUGGUUUUGAGCAUUUACAAGUACUACGCAUACACGGUUGCGAGCUAAACGAUUUGCAAUGGGAGAUGUUUGAUGGCCUGACAGCGUUGGAUCAUUUGUCGUUGGAACGCAAUGGCAUUAGGGAUGUGCCACCUUUCUCAUUUUACGGCGCUUUACAUAUACAAACAUUGUCCUUGGCACAUAAUUUAAUACAUGAUCUGCAUUAUCGUGCACUUGCCGGUCUGCUGGAGUUGGAAGUGCUCGAUUUGAGCUAUAACCGCUUGGAUAAGCUGAGCGAACGCAGUUUUCCACCCUUCCCGAAGCUGGUACGUGUUGAUUUUCGUAAUAAUCCCAUAAGGCAUAUAUUGCCGGCAAGUUUUUGGGUAAUGAAUUCAACACGCGCAAUGGACUUUGACUCGAAUAUGUUGGCACUGCGUUUGAGCAACAAUCAACCAUUUGAGUCUCUAGUCGAGCUGACGACAUUGCAACUGGGUAAUGUGUCAAUUGUCAAUUUAGGACAGAAUAUAUUUAAGGGUUUAACCGCUUUGGAGAAGCUCACACUGCAUGGCAGCAUACGCACUAUUGAAUUUGACGCUUUCGCCGGUCUACACAGUCUGCGUGAGCUUGAACUCAGUCAUUGUGGCAUACAGGAGAUAUCAAUGGAUGCUUUAAUGGACUGCAGAGGACUUGAGGUGCUUGAUUUGUCCUACAAUAACAUAUCCUACUUCCCAGCCGGGCUGCUGGACGAUCAACCUAAUUUGGAGGAAAUUUAUUUGCAAGGCAAUCAACUGCACACACUACCACACUCGUUUUUCCUGCGUUCAAAGUUGCGUUUAGCGCGCCUGAGUGAAAACCCAUGGCAAUGUAGUUGUGAAAUGUUUAACUGGCGUCCCAAAAUCACAAAUCAGGAGCGCGGUCCACGCACAAAACGCUGUAUAACGGAUUACACAAGCGGCAAAGAGAUUUCAUGUCGACGUGUAGAUAGCUAUGUCUAUGACAAUCGCUAUGCGCCGCGUUGUAAUAAUUAUAAUGAGCGUAGCGUCUUCUAUGUCAUCCACAAGCAAUUGCAAUGUGGACCCGGGCGUGUUGUAAUCACACAUACGCAGCGGCGUACACAGCCCAAUGGUGUUGUCCAAAGCCCAAGCAUGAAACAACCAAUGCCACAUUGGCGUAAAAUUGAAGAAAGCAAAUUAAAGCAUAUGCAAAAUAAAAACCAAACACAAUUGCAUCCAAACGAAGUAGGGACCAAGCACAGUGUGUAUCAAUUGACAAAAAGUAGACCACAGGGCAUUAAUGCAUGGGCGCAGAGAAAUUCACUGGCAUAUGUAAUAAAACAGGAACAUUCUAAGCGUGUGGAGCAUGUUGUGAAAGAAGAGGAUAAUGAAAUUUCAAAUGAAAUAUAAAAUUGGUUAUUAGAUAGUACACAAUGAGCGCAAAUAAUGAUGUCUUUUGUAUUUGAACAAUAUUAUCUUCAAAUCCUGAUGGAGAAGCAGCGAGCGUGGGUUAUAUUAUUAGUUUAAACAUUUUAACGCCAAUUUGUUGGAAUUCUUAAUAUGAUUAUUUUGUUAUAUGCAUUUUAAUACGAAAAUUUCAUUAUAUCAUUUGCAGUUUGUCGAGAUAAUACAUUUUUGUAAUGCAGUGUUCAUGGAAAAGCCCGAUUUAAUUUUUUAAAGUAUAAGUCAUGAAGAAUGUAGGCAAUCGAGGAGUUUUUUUCGAAAUUACAAAAUUAUUUGAACACAUUAAGAAUGAAAUUAAGUAAAUUGAAAGUUCAAAUGAAUUGAGUCUAAGCCUAAAAUACUUUGAUAAAUCUAUUUUUGAGUUCAAUACUGUUAUUAUAACAUAUUUUAAGCUUACAAUAUAAACGUUUAAAAGUAAAAAAGAUGUUC